GGAUUCGGUCAAUCAGAGUUUCAGACUCUGUGAGCGUCGUCAAGUCGCUGCCGUGCUAACAUGCUAACAUGCUAACCCGGGAAAAUUCACCGGUUAAUAAACGGAAAACAAAGAACGGAAACGGUUUAAACGGUUCCUGUGUGAGUGAAGAUCAGCCGCAGGGACUGAUGGGAAACUGAGGAGAAAGUUUUUAACACUUUAAAACAGUCUGCGUUUCGGCUGUCUGCCAGCGCAGCCGCUAGCCUGCUAACGGCUAACCGAGCUGUUAGCAGUUAGAAAAGUUUGUGAGGCUGUGGAGGGGGGAGGAGGAGGGAGCGUCCAUGACUGGGGAGGGAGUCCGGCACUCCCCCAUCCUCUCUGCCCUGUUCAGGAUGAGCGAGGACCCGGAGCUGCUGGGAGCCGCGGAGUUUAUCAAAGAGCGUCUGUACUUCGCCACCUUACGCAGUAAACCUAAAAGCACCGCCAACACUCACUACUUCUGCACCGACGACGAGUUCGUCUACGAAAAUUUCUACGCUGACUUCGGUCCUCUGAACUUGGCCAUGUUGUACAGAUACUGCUGCAAACUCAACAAGAAGCUGAAGUCGUUCACUCUGACCAGGAAACGAAUCGUUCACUACACCAGCUUCGACCAGAGGAAGAGAUCCAACGCCGCCGUGCUGAUUGGAGGCUACGCCGUGAUCUACCUGAAGAAAACUCCAGAAGAAGCUUACAGAGCUCUGAUCUCUGGCUCCAACGCCUCCUACCUGCCCUUCAGAGAUGCAUCCUUUGGAAACUGCAGCUACAACCUCACGCUGCUGGACUGUCUGCAGGGGAUCAGGAAGGCUCUGCAGCACGGCUUCUUUGACUUUGAGACCUUCGAUGUGGACGAGUACGAACACUAUGAGCGGGUGGAGAACGGAGACCUGAACUGGAUCGUCCCGGGGAAGUUCCUGGCCUUCAGUGGACCUCAUCCUAAAACCAAGAUAGAGAACGGUUACCCCCUCCACGCCCCUGAGGCGUACUUCCCCUACUUCAGGAAACACAACGUGACCACUGUCGUCCGUCUCAACAAGAAGAUCUAUGACUCCAAACGUUUCACCGACGCCGGCUUUGACCACUACGACCUCUUCUUCCUGGACGGCAGCACGCCCAGUGACAUCAUCACACGCCGUUUCCUGCACAUCUGUGAGAGCACGGACGGAGCGGUGGCCGUCCACUGCAAAGCUGGUCUGGGCAGGACGGGCACUCUGAUUGGCUGUUACCUGAUGAAACAUUACCGCUUCACGGCCGGAGAGGCCAUCGCUUGGAUCAGGAUCUGCAGACCAGGUUCUGUGAUCGGACCUCAGCAGAACUUCCUGGAAGAGAAGCAGGCGGCGCUGUGGUUGCUAGGCGACAGCGAACGUUCCCAGAAGGCCAAGCAGGAGGAGAGGGCGGUGUCUCACCUCAUCACCAGCAUGGACAACCUCGGAUUAAACCCCGCCCAUAACAGCAACGUCAACAGGACGCCGAGCUCCGACCGCCCGCACGAGGGAGAGGGGACUGACAGCGGUCUAGGUCUGACUCAGGGAGACAAACUGAGAGCCUUAAAGAGCCGACGCCCCCCCCGCCCCGCCACCACCGGGACUCUGAGAGUGGAGGAGAUGAAGAUUCACAGCAGAUCAGCCUCUCAGCCGCUCAGGUUGUCAGUGGGUGUGGGUCAGGGCCCCUCGUCCCCCCUCAAGUCCUCCAAGUUCCCAGCACCCUCUGCUUCUGCUGCAGCCAAGAGGAUCGGGAGAAGUCCGUCAUCGUCGGCGUCAAACAUCAGGAGCUCGGCCCUCAGCUCCCGAUUGGCCAGCUCUCUCAGUGAUCUGUACGCUGCAGACGUGGAGGAGGACAGGAAGACUCUCUACUCCUCUCCUCCUCCGCCCCCCUCCUCCUCCUCUGUGUCUCUCAGCCCCUCCCCCUCCUCUCUGGUCCCGCCCUCUCUCUGUCGCUACGGUAACGGCUCUCGCAGCAUGCAGCACGAGGUCAACAACAACAGUGGUCCGUACCCCGGCUCCUCAGUGUCCCCCGCAGUGAAACCCUUCGUCCGGCUGGGGCCUCAGGACCUCGGCGCCCCCUACAGGGGCCCCGGGCCCUAUGGCGCCAUGAAGGGCCCGUCAGGACGCUACCUGAGCCGCUCCAUACCUUCUCUUCAGUCUGAGUACAUCCAGUACUAAAACUACAGCUCAGACCUGAGGACACAUUACCCACAAUCCUUCCUGAUUACCCACGAUCCCUCCUGUCGGAUGCUCAAAGGGAAGUGAAAGCAGCAGGAGUUUGUCUCUGAGGACUGAGGACACUCUGUCUGUAAAUAUGAUGAAAUCUACACGUGUGUGUUUGGAAGAAGAAGAAAAUAUAUUUAGAUAAAGACAGAUUUUAUAUUUCUUAUUUGUGACAGAAGAAAACAUAUUUUUGUUUUAACAAAGAUCAUUUUGAGUUGUUUUUUUGAUAAACUGAAGGAUCAGGUGACGACGAGUCGCUGCGUCGUCAUGGUUACAGUAUUUACUUUCUGUUUCUGAUCAGAGUCUGUGAUGGAUUCAGUCCGACUGUCUCACUGAGUCCAACAGCAAUAAGAAUUAUAUUAAUAACAACAAUUAUAGAAGAAGAAGAAGAAGAAGAAGGGACCAAAAACAGAAUGUCAGCAACAAACUCAGGGGAUUAAUGUGUGUGUGUGUCUGUGUGUGUGUGUGUGUGUGUGCGCGCGCACGCAUGUGUGCGUCAGUCAUCGUCUCGUUGAUCAGACUUGUGUCUCUGACAGAUCAAUACAGACAAACUGAUUAAUCAAUAAGUCGAUCAGCAGUAGAUUAACCUGCGUUAAUCCAGAGUUAAACCUUUAGUUAAAACGAUUCACUGAUUCCCUGAUCAAUAGACUGAACGAUUGAUUGAUUGAUGGAGGAGAAUCAGAUGUAUUGAUAAAGCAGAUGAAGGUUGAAUCAGUUUGGAUGAGUAAAGGGAAACCUGACCUGAGACCAGAACAGUGACCUUUGACCUUUGACCUCUCACAAGCAGCCUUGUCUGAGCUGUAACUGACCUCUGACCUGAACCUGAUUCAACAGAACAUCAUCUGUCCCAGACUCUCAAUAAAGUUUAAUUGAAUUUAACCAGAUUCAAAGAUCAAGAUGAUGUGUUUACUGACCACUGGGGGAACGUAGGAAAAGGUAGAACUCUACCUGAGACAUCUGUUAAAAAGUCAGUGACACAUCGGCUCAUGAUGUUCACCACCUGAUCCUCCACAGAACCAGAACCAGGUCUAGGUCUGAGUCUGUCUGGGAACUAAAGGUCCUGAUGUCCUGCAGACACAGACCCAGUUCUGUUCCAGACUGACGUGUUCACGCAUGAGCAGCUGGCAUAUUCGGUCCGUGUCCGAUGUGAAGAUCAAUAAGAGACGAGGUCCAACGUGGAAAUCACAGACUAGUUGGAAGGAGUUUAUCUCUUUGUGCUAAGCUAGGCUAACAGUUUCCCUCUGCUUCCAGUCAUUGUGCUAAGCUAGGCUAACAGUUUCUCUCUGCUUCCAGUCUUUGUGCUAAGCUAGGCUGUUUCUGAAACUGAUGAUCUGUCAGCUGAUUGGCUGUCUGGAGAUCAGCUGAUCCUCUUCACAUCCAGGUGACUCACCUGCUGACUGUUUAAAGCACUGAGCUCUGAUUGGUUGAAAGUUGAUGUAAGGAUAUUUGACGUCGAUCAGACUGAUUGAUCAGAAUGUUAUAGAUUGCUCUACCUCCUCUAACGACUGUUGUUGUAAACAUGUGACCUGUAACACACGUGUCACAGACUCGAACGCCUUAGUGACGUCCCUGAGGACACUUUCAAAAUAAAAGCUCCAGGGACCAAAACAGAGAAAUGAAAAGCUGUCAUCUCUCUGUCGAUUGAUCACAGGAUUGAUGAUUGAUUACUGAAUGAAACUGAAGUGCCUUAAACAUGUUGCGACUCCUCGUCCGAAGGGCUUUUAUUUUGGAAUUGAUUGAAGUAUUUUAACUGAAUGUCCUGAUCCUGUUUAACGUCUUUUAUGAAGGGAAACAUUAGAAAAUAAAUGUUUAGGUUUUUUUCUUUUAACAGAAAUAAAAUAAUGAUUCUUCUGAUUCUGA